GCAGAGUUGACAGGCCACUCUCUAUACAGAUAAGUUGGUAAGAAGCAAGGGUCCAUUACAGAACAGCAACCUUGCAGCAGUGUUUGGCUUGUGGGAAUUUCCGCAGCGUGGGCCUCAAAAAUCCACUGGUUCAGGAUGGUCUCUAAUCACCCGAACGACAAGGGGAGUACCUGAACGCCCAACGUCAACAGCGCAGCCAACAGGCUGCGGCAGCACUAAGGUGUGCCUGCUUCGCUCAGGGCUAUGGACAACAUACAAGAAGGCGUGGAGCAGGUAUAAAGAGAGACAACUAUGUCAACUCAUGUUCAGACCUGACGCAGCUCCUUUCCCUCAACAGCAUAAAGCCCUCACAACAUUGCAUAGAUGGCGUACUCCACCAGCACUCUGGCAAAGGGUUGCUUUGGGAAGGUGUACAAAGAGAAGUACAAUGAUACCUGGGCUGCUAUAAAGAAGGUCCCUCAGCAUCUCAUCAGUAGAAAGGACCUGCAGAGAGAGUGUGAUGUCUACAACAAGGUGAGUCAUCCCAACAUAGUGAAGCUUCUGGGCAAUAUAAAUCUCAAAGACGGGAAAUGGGUCAUUCCACUUGAGUUUAUCUUCGGAGAGGACCUAGAAACCACCAUCUUCAAGUCAUCAAGGUCUAAAAUACAGUUGACUCCAUCUAAUAAAGGCACUAUCAUCAUUGGCAUGUGUGAAGGGCUGCUUUUCCUCCACUCCAAAGAUGUCGUCCAUCAAGACCUCAAGCCUGAAAACAUCAUGGUGGAACAUAACACCAACAGAGCUGUAAUCAUCGACCUGGGAUUGGCCAAGUUCUUCAAGCAUGGUCUCAACUCUGCCAUCGACAUGGGGAACGAGGCCUAUUCAGCCCCUGAGGUGCUGCAGAGGCGCAGCCAGCGGGACCAGCGCUCGGACGUGUGGGCGAUGGGUAAGAUCAUCGCUGAGCUUUGUGCCCGUAUUCGGCUGUACACCCCCAGCGUCUGUCCCGCCAAGAUCAAGGAAACCCUGCAGGGUCAGCCAUACUGUCACGCUGUUUGUAGGAUGGUAGAGACCAACCCCUCUGUAAGGGCCUCCAUGGGUGGGGUCAUAAGUGACAUACGGAGGGCCGGAGGUGCGGGCAUCGUCACAGAUAGACCUGUUAGACAAGAUCACCUUCUGCCACCUUCAUCCCAAAUUAAUGCCAGAAACCGUACUCCGUCACCAGUGAACAGAGGUUUGAACAGAGAUCCAUCACCAAUGAACAGGGCUCCAUCACCGUUUCACAGGGAUCCAUCACCAUUAAACAGGGCCCCCUCUCCAUUUAAUCCAUUACCUCGGAACAGGUCUCCAGAACCACUGAAAUGGGAGCGCUCACCCAAACCUCAACCUGCACGCCACCUCUCUCCUUCCCCUCAUAGGACAGAGGACAAGAAAGAUAAGCAGGCUCUGGUCCCAACUGGUGCAGCAGGCGUCACGCAGGACUUCAUGAAGAUGAGGCUGUACCAAGAAGCUGCCAAGGAUCUGCCCUGCAACCUGCCCACAACAGGGAGGGUGGUGGUGCGGCGCUUUGAGAAGAAAAACGGAGAGGUUGGAACAUGGGAGCAGAGGGAGGUGGUGACACGUGAUGGGAAGAUAGUCAAGUAUGAUGAUGUCAAGUUUAACAGCAAUUAAGACUAGUCAGAGUCCGGUUACGGGUUAGCUAUUUGAUGUUACUCAAAUAGCAAUUGCAUGUGCAGGUUAAAUGGUUAAUUCAGGGUCACCUAACUUUUGGUAUCUUCGUAGGAAAGCAUGUGAAAAUACAUUUCCGUUGAGAUAAAGAGUAAACUGAGAUUAAGCUACUGUAGGCAAAUGUUUCUAGAGCAGAUAAAAUGCACAUAAAAUCUGUUUAAAACUAGAAAAUAUUGUAGUUUAAUGCUGCAAUAAGAAUACCUCUUGAAGUGGCAUUGUUCAUGCUGUAACAUGAUAUUCAGCCAUGAUUGAUUGAGGUGCUCAUUUACCUGGAGAGAAAGAAAUAUCAGUGGGCAUGAACAACCAUCUGUGAACACAUAGGACUGUGAA